AUGAAGCCUAAAAGUGAAAGUAAGGAUGGUAAACUUGCAGUGAGAGAAGCAGUGAACAAAUUUCUAGAGAGAAGAAAUGCUCCUGGCUCUCAAGGCAAGAAGAAACUAGAUGAUACUAAUAAUGCCCAGAACUGUGAUUUCCCAAAGCGGGAUAAAGGCAAAUAUGAGAAGGGGAAGCAAGCCGCCGAGGGAAAAUUAACUGGCAAAGAUCUAGAGGAGAGGGAAUGUGGUAGAAGUGCAGGCUGUGAUGAUGAUGAAAUGAAUGAUUCAGACUGGGAGGACUGUCCGGUUCCUAGUCAUGAUGAUACUGCGGUUGAUGCUUACGCCGAUGAAACCAGAGACUUAACCAUAGAAUUUGAUCGUGUACCUGAGACUAAGAGGCAAAAGAAUGUUUACCGUGCAACAGCAGAAGACAAGGAACGGGCGGAACUUGUCCAUAAGGUUCACUUGCUCUGUCUGCUUGCAAGAGGAAGGAUAGUUGAUAACGCUUGUAAUGAUCUACUGAUUCAGGCUUCCCUGCUUUCACUUCUACCAUCAUACUUGUCAAAAGUAUCAAAUCUUGAGAGCGUUACUGUUAGGGAUAUAGCCCCUCUUCUUCGUUGGGUUCGUGGAAACUUUUCUGUUAGGUGUACUCCCAGUUCUGAGAAAUCUUUCCGUACUUCCCUAGCAUUUGCUAUCGAGUCUCGUAAAGGCACAGCUGAAGAGCUUGGAGCACUGGUCGUUGCUUUGCUUAGAGCAUUAAAUCUCACAGCUCGGUUUGUGUCUAUUCUUGACGUUGCAUCCUUGAAACCAGGGGCCGAUAAGGAUGAAUCUCCAGGUCGAAAUAGAGCUAAAACGAAGCAAAGCAUAUUCAGGAAUUCAACUCUUAUGGUGCCGAAGCAGCAAACCAUCUCGUCAUCCCCAAAUAAAUCUUCUUCCCAUAUUAAGAAUAAAAGUAUCUGUGAAACCUCUGAGCCUCAGCAUGAUCCGUUGCAAGAGAAAAUGGUCAACUCAUCUUGUGAAGCAGGAAUGUCCACCAAAUCCGACGGAACAAGGAGGAAAGGGGAUGUUGAGUUUGAGAUGCAAUUAGCCAUGGCUUUGACUGCAACUGCAGACAACCAACAGAGCCCUAAAGUGAACGAGAAAAAGAAAAGGCGAGAAAUGACAAAUACCAGUUAUGGCUUGUCAGUUUCUGACCAAGUAAUGUCCACGGCUAUUGGUUCUAAGAAAGUGGAGUCUCCUCUUUGUUGGGCUGAGGUGUAUUGCAGUGGAGAAAACAUGGAUGGGAAAUGGGUCCAUCUGGAUCCUGUUAAUGGAAUGAUAGAUGCAGAGCAAACUGUAGAAGCUGCAGCUGCUGCAAGCAAAACCCUUCUUAGAUAUGUUGUCGCCUUUGCUGGUGGUGGAGCCAAAGAUGUCACUCGCAGGUACUGUAUUAAGUGGCACACGAUAUCAUCCAAACGGGUGAGUUCACUGUGGUGGGAUAUGGUAUUAGCACCUUUAAGAGAACUAGAGUCAGCCACAGUUGGGGGUUCAGCUCUAAGCAAACACCGUGAAGGCUAUGCUCCAAGAAAUUCCAGUAGCCUAAACCAUGUUGCUAACAAAGCUUGCUCGAGUAGCUCGUCCUUUGGUAUAAGGAGUGCUCUUGAAGAUAUGGAGUUAGCUACUCGGGCACUUACCGAGCCUCUUCCCACUAACCAGCAGGCCUAUAAAAGUCACGAACUCUAUGCUAUUGAGAAAUGGCUUCACAAGAACCAGAUACUACACCCAAAAGGUCCGGUUGUGGGAUUUUUCUCUGGUCACCCCGUUUAUCCACGGACCUGUGUGCAGACUCUUAGAACAAAACAAAGAUGGCUUCAUGAUGGGCUACAACUUAAGGCCAAUGAAGUUCCCGUAAAGAUUCUGAAGCGUAACUCGAAGCUCAAAAAAGUAAAAGAUAGUGGAGAUGGGGACAAGGUCAUUGAAGAGGGUUCUCAGUGCAUGGAACUAUACGGAAAGUGGCAAAUGGAACCAUUGUGUCUCCCUCACGCUGUUAAUGGAAUUGUGCCUAAGAACGAGCGUGGUCAAGUUGAUGUCUGGUCUGAGAAAUGUCUCCCGCCAGGAACAGUCCACAUAAGGAUUCCUCGAAUACAUUCGGUUGCUAAGAGAUUUGGAAUAGAUUAUGCACCUGCAAUGGUUGGUUUCGAGUACAGAAGUGGACGUGCUAAUCCUGUUUAUGAAGGUAUUGUGGUCUGUACCGAGUUCAAAGAUACAAUCUUAGAGGCAUAUGCAGAAGAGCAAGAAAAGAGAGAAGAAGAGGAGAGAAGACGAAAUGAAGCAGAAGCAGCUUCGAGAUGGUAUCAGCUUCUGUUGUCUAUCUUAACCCGUGAAAGUUUGAAAAACCGUUACGCCGAUAACUCAAAGGAGGUGGAAACGAGGAGUUUGGUAGCGAAAACAGAGACGGUCGCGAAGGCGGAGAAUGUGAAAUCACCUACAAAGCAAGGAGGGGUUAAGAGAGGAAGAGAGUCUCGUAGUGAAGAUGAAAGCCAUGAGCAUGUGUUUCUUGAUGAGCAAGAAACGUUUGAUGAGGAAACCUCUGUGAAAACCAAACGCUGCAAAUGUGGCUUCUCUGUCCAAGUUGAACAGAUGUAA